UCAAACUUGGUAGGAGGAUUUACUCCAGGUUGAACUUUUUAAACCCUGAACAGGUACUAAGGAGAUUAAACCACAAAACCUCCCGCCUGCCAUCAGUGUAUCUCUCCAUCAGAAGACAGGAACAAGAAGAACAGGGAACCUGAACACUUCAAUAAAGAAGCAAGAAUUGGGCUAAAAUGAUAACAGAGGUGAGGAAGCAGCUGUGGUCCCUGGCCCGCAUGGCCCUGCUCGCUGUGGGGUGUGUGCUGACCUGCAUCGGGGCCUACCUGGUGUCCCUGCAGAUCGAGCACAAGUACACCUUGAAGGUCAUGCUUGCCUACUUCAUGAUUUUGAUGGGCGUCCUAGCUGUGCUCAUCGGAGUCUUCUGGAGCAUCUGCCACAGCAUGAAGAGCAAGAUGUACCAGAGAGGAGGACAUGAACAGCACAUGGAGGUCUACACUAUCCAGAGACCAAGUUCCUUCCCUCCAUCCUACGAGGAGUCCCAGGGCAGCCAGGAGGGUCCUGAUUCAGCGCCGGAGUUUGUUGUUGUGGUUGACGGGGUGGAGGUGGUGAUGAGCCUCGCCCCCCCUCUGUACAGCCAGGACAGCUCGGACCCUACAGACUGCAGGUGGAGCAGGGAGCUGCCUCCUCCAUACAGUCAGGUGGAGCGUACUCAGCAGGGGGAGGGGGACGCAGGGGGGCAGAGGGAGGCCGUGGCCGAGCACUGAAGGGAAGAAAUGUUUUGAUCUAACUGGCUGGGAGAAAUGCAGGAAUGGAGAUAGACAUUAUUUCCUGAUUGGGACGAGAGAGAACGUUCUAGAAGAAACUCCGAGACAUGUUGAUACCACCUUUGGGCCAUCAGUCUACACCCAACUUCUGAAGUCUGUGCUGACCCUACACAGAGUUGCAGGCCUGUUUCUGCAGAGCACUAACAGGUGAUUCUGUUUCGAGUCUCUGGUUUCCUAAAGUAAGGAUGAGCUGCACAUUGGAGUUGCUGCUUGGUGGUGUGACAAAUAACCGAGGACAGUAUUUAUGCAGUUGGAUCCAUGGAUGUCUGAAUUGACAAACAGCACUGACUUUUACCUGCACUGUAGCUUAAAUGUGUAUACUUUUAAAUUAUUACAAGAGUAAUACAACUGUUUGUAUAGGACUGAAGGAAGCUGAGGGCUGCUUGUAUAAAAUGUGUUUCUCAAUAUAUCGCCAACCUAUGCUAGACUUAUUUUUUAUAAUAUAUAUAAAUAAUGAUAAUUUAUUCUCCCCUUCCUCAAGACAAUUUUUAAUUAACAAUUGUUCAUAAAGAAUCAUUUAAAAGUAAAUGUUG